CAUUAAUAUAGCAAAAUUAUUUUUUUUCAGAGAUACAAAAAAUAGAAUCAAUUCCUCCAUCUAUUCUUCCGAUCAAAAAAAAAUCGCUCUUUUCGUUGCAAAAUAUAUUUGAUUUUCGCGAAGCACGUGUGUGACGAGAAGAAUGAAAAUAGAAUGAUACUCGGGGCCAAUGAGAAAAUUUCUGUGUGCUUGGAGUGGUGGCGGCCGCACGUGGGAAGAGCGAGCGAGGGAAAGAGCGAGAAAGACACCGAUAUCGCUUCACUUAGCUAUUUCAUUACCUUCACUCGAUCCUUGGCCGCAGUGCAACACGGAGCCGCGACCAAGUUUCGUCGUCGAGAGCCUCGUCGUGGGUGAUACCGAUCGGCGCGAUCCUCGCGCGCACGCGGACGGAUGGAUCGCGCGUUGCAUAAUAACAAGACCGAUCCGAAUCUGAGUCUCUCGCUUGAAGGCUGAUGAAGAGUAACGAUCGCGGACAAUAAGACCGAGAACGAGAUCCUGUACUUGCAUUUGCAAACUGUGCUCGAUCCAACAUCAUAUGCUCGUCGCUCUUCAGGAUGUCUUGGAGAAUCAACGUCGUGUUGCUCGUCCUGCUCGAGCUGACCACGUCGGCCAUGGUCCUGCCGAGGCCACCCUCGUCGCAUCCUAAUCGCAUCCGUCAGGAUCAGGACUUGUCGGCGCGUAAAGCGCUCGAAGGCAAGUCCCUCGACGUCUCCGCGCGAGACAUAGACGUGAACAUAGACCGACCCGAGGAUUACAGAUUCGUCGAAAUCGAGCUGCGAAACGCGGACGAGAUGGACGCGGCGAAUCUGCAGGGUCUGAUGCACGCGAUGCUGAAUAAUCAGCAGCAGAGCAGCGAGCAGCCGCAAAUCCCGAGCGAGCCCGGUUAUCCGAACCCCGAAGUGGUCCCGCACUCGAUUUUCGGAGUGCGCGACAUGGGAGGUCCGAGCCUGAACUAUCGCCUGGACAGCUUCGACGACGAGAAGCGCGUCUUGCUGAGGUCAUCGCCGAAGCUGGACGAGAAGCUGUACUACUUGAAGAGCGGCCGGCCCCGGGUGUACGUGAACGUGCGCGGGCACAGCGGCUCCUUCCGCAAGGAGACACCCUCGUCGACCUUGACGGCGACCCCUAGCGAGGGCGCGGUGGGCUACCUCAGGGUGACGCAGCCCUUCGAGAGACAGACCGACUGGAAGCCGCGGGACAAGAAGGCUAGGCCGCCCAAGAAGUUCGACCGUCGCGUCGAGGAGACGCUCUACGAACGAGCGGACGAUCCCUCGACCACGGAGAGCUCCAUGGUCACGUCCAGCGAACUGCCCAAACAGAUCCCCAAGCCGCCCAGCAAGAUCCGGAACCCGAUGGCGCAGACCACCCCAGUGCAGAGGUACGCGCUCAGGAGGACGGACAUCUUGCCGGGAUACGGCUUCGUCGAGGAAUGAGGAGAAAUUGCUUUCUUCGCAAAGGCGAAUCUCGAACGCACAAGCUCGAAAGUACAAAAAAGAUACGACCAAAAAGAAGAAUGACGGUGGAAAAUUUUAUUUCAAUUAUCGAGUAAUUAUUCGCGAAACUUAUACAAGUCCGACAUUUUCCAAGUGUCAGGAAAUUUGAGAGAUGUCUUGGGGACUAGCUGUGAUUAAUGACAAAAUUAUCUCGGCGAGAAUCUAACGUCAUUCAAUUUCAUGUCAAGUCAUUGGCUUUAAAAGCUUCAUUUUGAUGUAUGCUUGAUAUGACAACUUAUGAUAAGAAUACAUAACUCUCUCUCUAUAUA